AUGUUCUUUUACCUCUCUCCCCUUCCUUUAGCCCGCCCCCUAUUUCUUUCUCCAUUAACCUCCUGUUUCUCUCUUUAUUUACCUCUCUCCACCUUUCUUUUUCAUUUCAUUCUCUUAACCCCUGUUUCUCUCUAUUUUACCUCUCACUUUUUUUUAUUCUCCUUGCCCCUCUCUAUAUUCUUUUACCUCUUUAACUUUUCUAACCUCCUGUUUCUCUCUUUUUCACUCUCACCUUUCUUUUCACUUCAUUCUCCUUGCCCCUCUCUCUAUGUUCUUUUACCUCUCUCCCCUUCCUUUAGCCCGCCCCCUAUUUCUUUCUCCAUUAACCUCCUGUUUCUCUCUUUAGUUUACACUCUCACCUUUCUUUUCACUUCAUUCUCCUUGCCCCUCUCUCUAUUUUACACUCUCACUUUUCUUUUCACUUCAUUCUCCUUGCCCCUCUCUCUAUGUUCUUUUAUCUACCCCCCUUCCUUUAGCCCUCCCCCUAUUUCUUUCUCCAUUAACCUCCUGUUUCUCUCUUUAUUUACACUCUCACCUUUCUUUUCACUUCAUUCUCCUUGCCCCUCUCUCUAUGUUCUUUUACCUCUCUCCCCUUCCUUUAGCCCUCCCCCUAUUUCUCUCUCCAUUAACCUCCUGUUUCUCUCUUUACUCGCCCCUAUUUCUUUCUCCAUUAACCUUGUUUCUCUCUUUAGUUUACACUCUCACUUUUCUUUUCACUUCAUUCUCCUUGCCCCUCUCUCUAUGUUCUUUUUAUCUCCCCUUCCUUUAGCCCUCCCCUAUUUCUUUUCUCCAUUAACCUCCUGUUUCUCUCUUUUAGUUAACAUUCUCACCUUUCCUUUCACUUCAUUCUCCUUGCCCCUCUCUCUAUGUUCUUUUAUCUCCCCCCUUCCUUUAGCCCUCCCCUAUUUUCUUUCUCCAUUAACCUCCUGUUUUUCUCUCUUUUAUUUACACUCUCACUUUUAUUUUCACUUCAUUCUCCUUGCCCCUCUCUCUAUAUUCUUUUACCUCUCUCCCCUUCCUUUAGCCCGCCCCCUAUUUCUUUCUCCAUUAACCUCCUGUUUCUCUCUUUACCCGCCCCCUAUUUCUUUCUCCAUUUACCUCCUGUUUCUCUCUUUAGUUAACACUCUCACUUUUCUUUUCACAUCAUUCUCCUUAUCCCUCUCUCUAUGCUCUUUUACCUCUCUCCCCUUCCUCUUCCUUCACCUCUCUAAUUGUUUCUCCUUUACCCUCUUAUUUCUAUCUCUCUUUAAAUAA